CCAGCAUCUCCGCCAGCAGACUGCUUGUCGCGAGAGUUUCGCAACCUUUGUCUGCCCCUCAUAGACUCGCGAGGAAGACUCUUCGCUUGACCAUGGCUAUGGCGCCUGUACAGAGCCACCAAUUGCAUUCCAAAAAGCGCAAGAGAAAGCACAAGGCUUACGUCAAUGGGUAUCCUGCGCCCAUUGGAAAACUGCCGCAACCGAGCACCGAUGAGCAUGUUGGCAAAAAGAGGAGAAAGGAGGACCAGUACAUGAUGAGCGGAGCACUUGGGCCGGAGCCGGCUGAAGAGUCCACGAGCACAGAGUCAACGCCCGGUAGUGCCGAUGAAAGUGAGGAAUCUUCUAAGCACAAGGUCGUGAGCGAGGACGAUGCGAAUGAUGCACAAGAAAGCAGCGACUCUGAGAAAGUACAUGAGGACACGGAGAUGGCUGGUACGGAACAGGAGGGAGCGGAAGAGCAGAAAGCGGAACAGAAAGAAGAAAUCGCAGAGCCGGUCAAGCCUACAGACGACCUGCCUUCCACGAACGCAGUCACGCUGCCCAACAUGAACGGUGGCCCGACGAAGUUUAAGGACAUGGCGCUGUCUGAGAAGACCAUGAAAGCGAUUGAAGGCAUGGGUUUCACGGACAUGACUGAAAUUCAACGAAGAGCUAUACCGCCAUUGCUCGCAGGUCGUGAUGUACUUGGUGCCGCGAAGACCGGCUCCGGCAAAACUCUUGCUUUCCUCAUUCCGGCCGUCGAGAUGCUUCAUUCCCUUAAAUUCAAGCCUCGAAAUGGCACCGGUGUCAUCAUAGUCAGUCCUACACGAGAACUCGCCUUGCAAAUAUUUGGCGUGGCGAGGGAGUUGAUGGAACAUCACACGCAGACUUUUGGCAUCGUCAUGGGCGGAGCGAAUCGAUCUGCUGAGGCCGCAAAGCUCGUCAAAGGCGUCAACCUGCUCAUCGCAACACCUGGGCGAUUAUUAGAUCAUUUGCAGAACACACAAGGUUUCGUGUACAAGAACCUCAGGACUCUGGUCAUCGAUGAGGCAGACCGUAUCUUAGAAGUGGGUUUUGAAGAUGAAAUGAGGCAGAUUGUGAAGAUUCUACCCAAAGAGGAGAGACAGACCAGUUUGUUCAGCGCGACACAGACUACGAAGGUUGAGGACCUAGCGAGGGUAUCGCUGAGACCGGGACCGAUGUAUAUCGACGUCGAUUACCGCAAGGAGCAUAGCACUGUCGAGAGGCUGGAGCAGGGUUAUGUGAUUGUGGAUAGUGACCUACGCUUCCGGACGCUCUUUACCUUCUUGCGCAAGAUGCAGAAGAAGAAAAUAAUUGUCUUCCUUUCAUCUUGUGCUACUGUCGACUACUACGCAGACCUGCUCAACUACAUUGACCUGCCUGUGCUAUCCCUCCAUGGAAAACAGAAGCAGCAAAAGCGCACGAAUACUUUCUUCGAAUUCUGCAACGCUACCCACGGAACCUUGAUCUGUACUGACGUCGCUGCCAGAGGUCUCGAUAUUCCCGCUGUGGACUGGAUCUUGCAAGUUGACCCUCCUGAUGAUCCUAGGGACUACAUUCAUCGUGUUGGUCGGACGGCGAGAGGUGUGAGCGGCAAAGGCAAGAGCCUGAUAUUCUUACAGCCUAGCGAAGUGGGCUUCUUGAAGCACUUGAAAGAGGCAAGAGUGCCCCUUGUCGAAUUUGAUCUUCCACCCAAGAAAAUACUCAAUAUCCAAUCUCAGCUCGAGAAAUUGAUAAACAGCAACUACUAUCUUAACAAAUCGGCUAAGGAAGGGUACCGCUCGUAUCUUAACGCUUACGCGUCACAUUCUCUGAGAAGUGUGUUUGACAUCCAGAAGCUCGACUUGGUCAAAUUGGCGAAAAGCUUUGGAUUCAGCACACCGCCGAGAGUGGACAUCACGUUGGGAGCGAGCAUGAGUAAAGACAAGAGUAGUGGAAAGAGAAGAGAUUAUGGAAGUCAGCCUAGCCAGGGGAAGAGGUUCAAGAAGCGGUAGAGGAGGACAUCGCUCGCGUAGAGACGAAGAUUCGAAGUAAGAUUCAUCCACAACGCAUAUUUGGAACUUCUACAUGAAAGGACAUCAGUGACAGAAGCGUCUAUAUCCGCUAGAAGGGUUAGUGUUUCAAAUGUAUAACAGCAUGUUGACUUGGCCAUUUGCCCUGAUUUGUGUUUGGGAUGGAAUUACAAGUACGCUUUUUAGUUUGGAGCUUCCGUAGGCGAAAAGGUAUGUUGUGAAAGCUCUUGCUCGAUGUCGCAAAAAGUUCUCUUACACUGCAUCAUUCGCACGAUUUGUGGAAUCUGCUGAACAUGAAAUGUACCUGUUUCAGAGUGAAUAUUCAAUUUUCACACC